CGGCCGCUGCAGGGCGCACUCCCGUCCUAACGCACCGCCGGGGCCAGGAGACGCGCACACCUCUCUCAUCUCUCCAUCCUCCGCAGUCUCCUUCUCAUCCCGCCCGCCGGCCCGACCGACCGAGAGAGUGACGGGAGGAUCUCCAAAACAAGCUGCUUCCCCAUCAAUCAUCCCGCUGAGCACAACAGCAUGUGAAUGGAGGCAGAAAGCAGCAGAGUUGCCACAGAGGACCAGGAGGAGCUCCCUGCCUCCGGAGCGUUCACUCACACGCCCCAAGUACACACCCGGAGCAAGAGCCACAUCCAGUUUCAGCCUCUGACACGCACCACCCAGUGGCAGGCUACUCUGGCUCACACGAGGAGUCACAGUCACACUCACUUCAUCACUGCCUCACACACACCGUACGGCUGCCGUCUCACACACAGCCUCUCAGCCAUGACCAAAGGAGAGAGGGGAGUGCAGAGCUCUGGGGGGAAGCUCCUCAAGCCCAGUGAGCCCUUGUUUCCCAAAGCUUCUCAGCAGACCGACCUGAGCCAGAAGUUAUCAUUAUGCAACAAACUGUGUUUUGCCAUUGGUGGGGCACCCAAGGAGGUGGCUUCCAGCGCCACAGCCUUCUUCCUGCAGAUCUACCUGCUUGAUGUUGCCCAGAUCAACGCCUUCCAGGCCUCCUUGGUGUUGUUCAUUGGUAAAGCCUGGGGCGCUGUGACCGACCCAGUUGUUGGUUUCUUCAUCACAAAGAGCAGAUGGACCAAGAUCGGCAGACUUAUGCCCUGGAUGGUGGGUUGCACUCCAUUCCUCGUGGUCUCGUACUUCUACCUCUGGUUCGUUCCUCCCUUCAUCAACGGCAGGUUCAUCUGGUACCUCGGCUUCUACUGCCUCUACCAAACCAUGAUCACGUGUUUCCAUGUGCCUUAUUCUGCUCUCACCAUGUUCCUGAGCACAGACCAGAAGGAAAGGGACUCAGCCACUGCCUAUCGAAUGACAAUGGAGGUGCUGGGGACUCUUUUGGGCGCUGCCAUCCAAGGCCAGAUUGUGGCCAGCGCUCACACUUUGAAGCACUGCCCCACAAAUAACAUGUCUGCCGGUUACCUUGGAAACAGCAGCGGGGCAGAGAUCGUCAAGAGCCUGGUGCGCUCCCAAGACUACCUGUCACAUGCAAAGGAGAUGUACAUGAUAGCUGCUGGAGUAAUAGGAGGAGUGUUCAUUAUCUGCACCCUCGUGAUGUUCCUGGGAGUCAAAGAGAGAGAUGAUCCGUACACCCCAAAGACGGAGAAGCAGAUCUCUUUCCUCCAGGCUUUCAUCCUGGUGAUGAGACACGGCCCGUACCUCAUCCUGACUGCUGCUUUCCUCUUCAUCACUGUUGCCAUUCAGCUGGUACAGAGCAACUUUGUCCUCUUCUGCACGUACGCUGUCGACCUGAGGGACCACUUCCAGAACAUUGUGCUGACCAUCCUUGUUUCUGCAGUGAUAAGCAUUCCCUUGUGGCAGUGGUUUCUGCAGAGGUUCGGGAAGAAGACCGCUGCUUUUUGUGGCAUUACAUGGAUAAUGCCGUUCACCGUGAUGCUGGUGUUCAUUCCAAAUCUGGCGGUGGCGUACGUUGUGGCGGUCUCCUCUGGACUCAGCGUGGCUGCAUCGCUGCUCCUGCCAUGGUCCAUGUUGCCAGAUGUGGUGGAUGACUUCAGACUGGCCAACCCCUUCUCAAAAGGCCAUGAAGCCAUCUUCUACUCGUUCUACGUCUUCUUCACCAAGUUUGCUGCUGGCAUCUCUUUGGGAGUGUCAACCCUCUGCCUGGAGUUUGCAGGUUAUGACACCGGGGCCUGCAAGCAGCCGGCUCCCGUCGUGUACACGCUGAAGCUGCUCAUCGGCGCCGCCCCUGUGGCCUUCAUCAUCACAGGCCUAAUGAUCCUCAUCCUGUAUCCCAUCAGUGAGGAUGUACGGCGCAGGAAUAGACUCUGCCUGGAGGAGCUACGGAAACAAAGCAUUGGCUCCAGAACAAUGGAAGAUUUGAGUAGCGUGUGAGCUGGAUCUUGAAUGAAGUGAAUUCACUAAGCCACGGAUUCCAGUAAUGCAUCUGGAAGGUUGCUCUUUAGUGUAUAUUACACUGAUUAAUAUUUAAAUUGUUUUAAUGUAAACAUUUUCUGUUUUCACCUGUACUGUAUAGUCAUCUUGGAUAUAUAAACAUAUAAAAAGAUUAAUUUAUAUAAAUGAAUGUAUAUCAUUAUUUGCUGUGGUUAACUCUACAAUGCUGUUAUUUAUUUAUAAUU